AUAACAUCAGAAAUAACCAAUGGGAAACAGUCAUCCCAAAAAAGGACAUCCUCAGAAUCUGUUGUAAUAUGGGCCACAUCGUUUGCUUCACGAAAGCUGAUUCGGGUCGUAAUGUACACUUUUUAUCCUCGUUUCUCUUUGGCGUUUGUGGCAUUUGAGCUCCUAAAAGGGUGGUUUCAGAGUCUAACAGGUGAAACCAACCCCGAAGUCGGAAGUUGGAAGAAAAGGCGCAAAGACCGGGCAAAGAGGAGGAUCUAGCAGCAGGACUGCUUAUAGUUUCCAUCCUUGAACCAUCAUGUUGUGCUAAGGUGCAUAGAGAGAAG